ACAGAAACAAUGUCAACCCGCGAACCAAGUCACGCCGGAAGCUGGUACAGCUCUUCCAAAUCACAACUCUCAAGCCAACUUGAUGGCUGGCUGUCCAAGGUUGAUACUCCUGUCCAGCCCAUCGGCCAAGUCUCAUCUCAGGAGUCUUUGAGCGCUUUGCCUGUACCCGGUGCCAGAGUCAUCAUUGCUCCACACGCUGGCUACUCAUACUCCGGACCUGCAGCUGCAUGGGCCUAUCGCUCUUGGGACGUUUCAAAGGCAAAGCGUGUCUUCUUGCUCGGCCCUUCGCACCACUUCUAUCUGUCCAAAUGUGCCCUCAGUCAAUGCGACAAGUAUGCCACCCCUCUAGGAGACUUGACGGUCGAUAGAGAAACAACAAAACAGUUGUAUGAAACCGGCAAGUUUCAAUGGAUGAGCAAGAGCGUGGAUGAAGACGAACACAGUCUAGAGAUGCACUUGCCAUACAUCUACAAGAUGCUGUCCAGAUCCUUCCCCUCAGAAUCUACGUUUCCGAAACUCGUCCCCAUCAUGGUCGGCAACACAAACGCAGCCACCGAAAAGCAGUUCGGCGAGCUCCUAGCGCCUUACCUCAAAGACCCUUCCAACGCUUUUGUAAUCAGCUCAGACUUUGCACACUGGGGUUUGCGUUUCCGCUACACUUACUACGAACCCUCUUCCGGCGAUGCAGUAAAUCUCUCGGCGGGGGCAAAGACACCUAGAGAUCCCCCCAUCCACGAGAGCAUCAAGAGAGUCGACUUUGAGUGUAUCGAUGCAUGCGAGACGGGUAGUCAUGCGGCUUGGCUCGACACACUCUCAGAUACUGGCAAUACGGUAUGUGGAAGGCAUCCGAUUGGUGUUGUCAUGGCUGCUAUGGAGGCGUUGAACAGUUCUGCGAGGUUCAAGUUCGUACGCUAUGAACGCAGUAGUGAGUGUACCAGGGUUGAGGACAGUAGUGUUAGCUAUGCUAGCGCUUUUGCUGUCAUCUAA